GACUCAGCCAAAAGGGAACUGACUCGCGUUCGCGGAACGUCGGCGUGGCCGAAAGUGCACCGCGAGACGGAAGAGAGAGAGAGAGAAAGUUACGCGCGCGGGGGGAGAUCCGUGGGUUCGCACCGUGAUAAUUCGUUACCACAUUGCGAUCUUCGCAAUCCGCGGCGAUAAAAGUGGGGACUCACACUCACUGUGUUCGGCUUCUCCUCUCACUCUCGUCGUCGUCGUCGCGAGCGAGCUCGCGAGCGGCCAAGCGAACGCGCGUACCUUUCGAGUUCUUCCGAGUUCGCGAGUCGCGUCGAGAGAAAACGGGCAGGAAACGAGUGCCGGUGCAACGAAAUCACGAGCCGUGCUUGCGGAUAUAUACCAUAGAUUUUUGCUUUCUUCUCGCUCUCGCUCUCUCUCUCUCUCUCUCUCUCUCUCUCUCUCUCUCUCUCUCUCUCUCUCUCUCUCUCUCUCUCUCUCUCUCUCUCUCGCAAGUGAACCCGCGAAAAACAUGGAGCAGAAUCUCGCGGCUAUCUACUGCGAUCGCAACUACAUGCCCUCCGCCAUCGAACACAUGGAAAGCCUGAACGGAUUUGGAAUCGGAUUAUUGACCGUCGGGUCGAUACUUUCAAUUUUGACGCUGUACUUUGCGGCCGAUGCCUGUCACAAUGUUCGCGCACAAAAGGACUCCAAGUUCUACAAGGCGAACGUCAUCGUGAUCCUGUCGGUGUAUCCGGUCGCGAGCAUAUGCAGUCUCACGGCAAUUGCGAUACCAAGGGGCCAGCUACUCUCGGAGGCGGUGACUCAAGUUUUUCUAACGAUAUCCCUCUAUCGACUCUAUCUCCUGCUGCUCGACGUCGGUCGCAGGAAGAUAACCGAGACGCCGUCGCUGAUACUGCGAGUCGGGCCGUGUUGCUGCUGGCCCUGUCUGCCCUUCCCGAGCCUCGAGAUGACCGACGCCAAUUUGUCUUGGCUAGGAAUUUUGGCCCUGCAACUUCCUAUCGUCCAGAGCCUGCUUUACUUCAUAAAUCUCCUCAUGGCGGCGGAAGAUCCGAUCGUCGCCUCGGAAUACAGCGUGUACCUUCAGCCGUUUGUGGUGGUCAGCAUACUUUUGGGGCUGUACAGCAUCAGCAUCACCACGAAGAGCCUGCAUGCGGUAGCUCCAGAGGCCAAGUUACACCUCAAGACGUUGGUGUCGCAGUUGGUCCUGCUGUGUUCUAAACUGCAAGCGAGCAUCGUCGUCAAGGGUCUUCCCGCAUCGGGCCUGUUCCCGUGCAACCCGCCCCUCACCCCGGAGGUCUACGCCAAUGUGACUCUCAACUCGCUCAUGCUAAUCGAGAUGCUGUUGCUUUGCUGCGCCGCCCGGCACCUGUAUUACGUCGAUCUGGAGAAAGAUCAAGAGCCGAACACGUCGGAUUGGCCCAAGACAACAAAUCUGACGGACUCCACGCACGCCGUCAACAACAGCAACGGCAGUGACAAGCAGCCGCCGGCGACGACGCCGGUGAUGACCGUGUGAGAUCCUACGAGCUAACGACAAGAUAUCGUGCGCGCCGUUUCUUCUCAUGCUCAUCAGCGGGGAAUUCGUAUUUGCCAAAACCCGCGCGUCGGGCACGCGAUUCCUCCAACUGCGAAUCGCGAUCGACAAUCGUUGAUCGACAAGACGUGACACGCGCGUGAGUCGCGCGUACUCCAACAAUUUGUUUCCUAUGGAAAGCUUCGUAUCACGCGUAAUCUCUAUUUCGUAGAAACACAACGAGGCGGGAAGAAAAUAAUGGAAUCAACGAAACUUCGUCAGUCGUGAUGUUGAAUAAGUUAAUAUUAUAAUAUUGAUAUUAUAUAUUAAUAUCAUAUAUUAAUAUAAGAUUCACAUCGCGAUCGAUCGCACUCGAAUCAAUGGACAAUUCGUCGCGGUAAUCACGGUAUUAACGUAUAUUAAUUCGUAAAUUAAUAUUAAAUGUUAGUAUUAUAAGUUGAUAUAUUAUUAAUUUGCGAAUUAAUAUUAUAAUUGCCGUGACAUAAAUUGUCAACUUUGAUUCGAUUGACUGAUUUGGCCAGCGACCACAUCAACGUAACGAACGAGAAAACAACUGUUUUUCGGACAAUCCUUCUUUGUCUAAAAAGUACCGAUUAAAUUAACGGGUUAAAUUAAAAUUUAAGCUAAACUGAAGCAAGGACGUUUCUGAAAGUUGCGGCCAACGUUCUCUCGUGUUUGUUUAGUGCACGCGAUUUGUUUAGUGGACGUAAUAUUUUUUUGUUCCAACGAGGAUGACGUCAACUUGUUGACUCAAUCGCUUUUUUUCUCAAUGAAUAAUUCGAACAGACGAUAAUGGAGGAGUUGAGACCAAGUGCACAAGAGUCGCGCGAUCGAUCGAUCGAAAGCACGAGACGCGUCUCCCGGUCUCGAGGAACAAGUUCCACGGGGCAAAAAUAUUACGUUGCCGAUCGAAGGGUGCGGGAAUAAAGUUACAAGGCUCUACGUUCGGUCUAAAGCGCGAGGUGCAUUUUCCGAUCUGGGAAAAUACAUUUCCAAGGGCGGUGAUACACCGCGUUGCCGAUCGAGGGGUGUGAAAAUAAAGUUACAGCGCUCAAAUGAGGGCCGCGUCCUCCGGUCUCGGCAAACAAAUCCCACAGGACGACGACGACGACGCCGCGUCGCCGCGAUCAAGGGGCGCGAAAACAAAGUUACAGAUGAUGGGUCUUAAUUUUCGAAGACUGAUAUUCAAUCGCGCGAGAUUAACGAGCCACGGACGACGACCACGACGAGGACGAAUCCCGCGGCCGUUUACACGCUUUAUCCGCCGUGUCAUCGCGUUACCCGCGUCGCCAAGAGGAACGUUAAUAUUCCGAUAACGCGCGUCCGCGCGGGGUAUACGCCAUAUAUCGGGUGUCUCCGGCCUCUCGACGAGGGAGAGAUGAACGUGCCGGAGAUAAGGGCUUACACGAGGUCCGUUCCUACGGCUUAUUAUUCUUCCCCGUGGACCCUUCGCUUCGCCACACUCUACUCGCGCGACCCUACGCGCGAGACGUUUCACAACGCUCGAUGCACAACGACGCGCGGCCGAUCUUCCUCUUCGGCUGGAACUCGCUCGCUUCCCAAAAUUCCCGCAAAUUUCGCGCUUUUGCGAUUUCGCGCGGGCGUUACGUUGGCAAAGUCCACUGGUUAACUUAAGAAAGAGAGAAUCAGAACGAUUCCAGCCACGUGUUGGUAAUUAGUAUUAAUAAUUGUCGGUGCUUCUGUACGAGGGCUUCACUGCUGAGAUAAAGCGACUUCUCCGCAGUUCAUCUCGAGGGAAUGAGUCUUUUUAGUACGUCUCACUUAUCCUAAGCCUAUUCUGUUGCUCUCAGCGACAGUAUCGUUGCCGCAACUUCUGACUGCGUUUGCAAAAACGCCAAAACGACGUUAACGGUGCUCUCUUCGUUUGAUUUAUUCGCGACACCGUCGUUGGGAGUUGCAGAAUGUUCACCGAUCGUUUCAUACACACAACAAUCCUCUAGUAGCACGUAUCGUUGCACGAAAGCAUACAUUGUAAUUAUUUUUAGUAUAUUAUUCAGAGUUGGAAAUGUUUAUGCGGAUACAAAGAGAGAUAAAAACCAGAGACGAUAAAACAAAUACACUCUGGCUGGAAAAGCAGACGCGUUUAGCGCAGACAAGAA